AUGAAUGUUGAGCUGGACAGACACUGGGAGAACCAAAGUGCUGUAAAUGAGUUUGUCUUACUGGGAUUUCGUGAGCACCCCAUGCUCUUCUUUGCUGCCUUUCUUGCUAUCUAUCUGACUGUUCUCCUAGGCAAUGGCCUCGUUGUGAUUGUGACAACAAGGGACCCUGCCCUCCAUACACCUAUGUAUUUUUUUCUAAGAAGUUUAUCAGGGCUUGAGGUAUGUUACACUUCAGUCACUCUUCCCAGGAUGAUAUCCAGCCUGGCCACGGGAGACCACUCCAUAUCCUUGGAAGCCUGUGCCUCCCAAAUGUUCUUCCUGCUUUUCCUGGGUGGGGCGGAGUGUUUCUUACUAGGUGCCAUGUCCUACGAUCGCUAUCUUGCUAUCUGCCUGCCCCUGCGCUAUAUGACCAUAAUGAAUCAAAGGAUGCUUAUAGGGCUGGUGUCUGGUUGUUUCAUUCUUAGCCUCCCAAUGCAGUUGGUACAAAUUGGACUCAUCUUCUCCCUUCCCUUCUGUGGCCCCCAUGAAAUGGACCACUUCUUCUGUGACAUCCCACCAGUCCUUAGUCUGGCGUGUGCUGAUCUCUAUACCAACAAGUUGGUAGUAUAUAUGGAAAAUGUCAUAUUUGUGUUGGCUCCAUUUGUUCUCAUCUUGACCUCGUAUGUACGCAUCACCAAGACUAUAUUGCACAUGCCAUCAGUCAUGGGGCGCCGGAAGGCUUUCUCCACUUGUUCAUCUCAUGUGAUUGUGGUCAGUCUUUUCUACGGCUCUGCAAUGUUGGUAUACCUCCGUCCCAAAACCACAGACUCCAUUAAGGUUGACAAGCUACUUUCCCUCCUCUACACAGUCGCCAUUCCCCUUUGCAACCCCCUCAUCUACACUUUGAGGAAUAAGGAGGUAAAAGCUGCCCUGAAGAGGCUCCUUAGUAAUAAAUAG